AUGGUGAAUAAAGAAGAAGCGCAACGAUUAAAAGAAUUAGGCAAUAAAUGCUUUCAAGAAGGGAAAUUUGAAGAGUCGAUAAAUCAUUUCACCAGUGCUAUUAAGAAUGAUCCGGAAGAUCAUGUGCUAUAUUCAAACUUGUCAGGUGCCUUCUCAAGUUUAGGAAGAUUUUAUGAAGCUUUAGAAAAUGCAAAUAAAUGUAUACGAUUGAAAAAGGAUUGGCCGAAGGGAUAUAUUAGAAAGGGUUGUGCAGAACAUGGUUUAAGGCAGCUUGACAAUUCAGAAAAAACUUAUUUAGAAGGAUUAAAAUUAGACCCUAAUAAUAACUCACUAAAAGAUGGUUUAGAAAAAGUAAGAAGAGAUAAAUUAAUGGAAAAUAUGGAAUACAUUAACCAUAUAAAUACUAUCAUAGAAAAUGAUGAAAAUUUAAAAUCAUAUAAAGAAGAAAAUGCAAAUUAUCCUAAUGAACUUUUAAAUACAAUAAAAACUAUUAAUAGUAAUCCAAUGAAUAUUCGUUUAAUACUUUCCUCAUGUAAUAAAAAAAUAUGCGAAGGGGUAGAGAAAUUUUUCGGUAUAAGAUUUAAUGACGAUUCUGCGUAUGAAGCAGAAAGAGAAAAACAAAGGAAAAAAGAAGAGGAAGAAAAAGAAAGAAAAAGAAAAGAAGAAGAAGAGAAAUUAAAAAACAGAACCCCAGAAGAAAUACUUGGUGAAGAACACAAAUUGAAGGGAAAUGAAUUUUAUAAACAAAAAAAAUUUGAAGAGGCUUUGAAUGAAUAUAAUGAAGCUAUUAAAGCUAACCCUAAUGAAAUUAUGUACCAUUAUAAUAUAGCAGCUGUAUAUAUGGAAAUGAAAAAUUAUGAAAAAUCAAUUGAAACAUGUAUUUAUGCAAUUGAAAAUAGAUAUAAUUUUAAGGCUGAUUUUUCCCAGGUAGCGAAAGUAUAUAAUCGAUUAGCUAUUAGCUAUGCCUAUAUGAAAAAUUACGAUAAAGCAAUUGAAGCGUAUCGAAAAUCAUUAGUAGAAGAUAAUAAUAGAGCAACUAGAAAUGCUUUGAAGGAAUUGGAGAGAAAAAAAGAAAAAGAAGAAAGAGAGGCAUAUAUAGAUCCAAUUAAAGCAGAAGAACAUAAAAACAAAGGUAAUGAAUAUUUUAAAAAUAAUGAUUUUCCAAAUGCUAAAAAAGAAUACGAUGAAGCCAUUAGAAGAAAUCCCAAUGAUGCCAAAUUAUAUUCUAACAGAGCAGCAGCAUUAACUAAAUUAAUAGAAUAUCCAUCAGCCUUAGAAGAUGUGAUGAAAGCUAUAGAAUUAGACCCAAAUUUUGUUAAGGCAUAUAGUAGAAAAGGAAACCUACAUUUUUUCAUGAAGGAUUAUUAUAAAGCUUUACAAGCUUAUAAUAAAGGAUUAGAAUUAGAUCCUAAUAAUAAAGAAUGUUUGGAAGGAUAUCAAAGGUGUGCAUACAAAAUUGAUGAAAUGUCCAAAUCAGAAAAAGUAGAUGAAGAACAAUUCAAAAAAUCCAUGUCCGACCCAGAAAUUCAACAAAUUAUAUCAGAUCCACAAUUUCAAAUAAUUUUACAAAGAUUAAAUGAAAACCCUAAUUCUAUUUCGGAAUAUAUAAAAGAUCCUAAAAUUUUUAAUGGAUUACAAAAGUUGAUUGCUGCGGGGAUAUUGAAAGUUAGGUAG